AUGGAUAAGAAAAUUCAGUGCUUUGAGGAGGAGAUCAGGAAGAUAGAUGAGAUGGCUGAAAAUGGAGUUUAUGAUGGUACAGUAGAAGCUAGAAGGAAGGCUCUAGUAAGCUAUUGCAAGCAGUGGUAUGUGAGAAAAGAAAUACAAUGGAAGCAGAUGUCGCGCUUCAGGCAUGCGAAGGAUAUGGAUAAAAACACUAGGUACUUCCAUAACUUGGCAUCGGCAAGACGGAGGAACAAUAUAAUUGAUGCUUUGAUAAUUAACGGAAGGUUGAUAAGAAAUCAAGCUCGGAUCAAGAUUGCUAUUAGAGAGUUUUAUAAAAAUUUGUAUCAUCAGGAGAGGUCACCGGUUGUUGGAUUUAAGAACGGACUGGUAAAUUGGAUUUAUGAAGAAGAGUCGGUAGCAUUGGAGAGAAUACCGACAAUGGAGGAGAUUAGAGACGCUAUUUGGGAUUGUGAAUCAUCUAAGGCUCAAGGAAGUGAUGGGUAUAAUAUGAAUUUCAUUAAGAAGUACUGGGAUGAGAUUGGUGCAGAGUUCAUGAAGCUGUACUGGAUUUCUUUCAGUCAUCAAGGUUGCCUUUUGAUUCCAAUAUUACUUGGGUGGCCCUUGCACCUAAGUACACUGGAUCCUAGGAGAUCAAAGACCUCCGGCCGAUCAGCAUGGUCGGUUGCAUAUAUAAAGUAA